AUGAAUGACGGUACUGAGGAAAAUUUUGUUAGAUCAAUUUUUAAUGAUGCAUUAAAAACUUUGCAGCCAUCUUCACGUAGCAUUAGACAAAAAAGAUGGCGCACAAACAGAAAAAAUAAACCUUAUUCACCACAUUCAAAUAUCUCUUAUCCUGCUGAUGAACAAGUCGAAGAUACUGUUUCAUGCACAUCGUUUAUCGAUAACACAUGGUUAAAUGAUGAGCAAGUAAAUGAAGAUGAUGAUGAUGAUGAUGAUGAUCGUUUUGUUGGUUCAAAUGCAUUUCUAUUAUAUUUAGAUGAACUUAAUAUUUAUAAAGAAACAGAUGAACCUUUAUAUCUUGAUUCAACAAUUACAUUUAAACAAUAUCAUAAAAAAAUUAUUGAAUUUGGAAAUUUUGCUAAAUUAAGUAACACUAAUAUGAAUAAA